UUUAGACGCCUAGCCCUUGGAGGUAAUAACUUAAUAAAAUUCAAUAAUUUCUGAGUUGAAUGAAGAAGGAUGGUUCCAAAUGAUUUGGUAUUUCCCCCAAUCGACCACGAAAACCUCAAAAUUUUGUCAUCAGAAUACCACGCCCCUCUCUCACCUCCUCCACCUCAACCCUCACCCUUCGCCUGGAUUAGUAUCCCCCUCCACAUUUUGCAUUCCAAGCUUUCAUCUUUUCGCCUGAGAGGCCCAAUUUGGUCAUUUGGUCUUCCCGCUGCGGCGCUCCUCAUGUCCUGCUGGAUCCUCAUCGCCUUCAGGAAGAACAAGAGAACCCUCACUCCCAAUGAAGCUCGUCUCAUCAACAUCAUCAACAACAAAGAUCGGAAAAUUGCCAAACUCUUGCACCAGAUUGCACAAAUGAAUGAAAUACUUAUUGAUCGGCACAAAGCUUUGGCUGCAAAAGUGAUGAAAUGAUUGCCUAAAGGUUGUGAAUAUGGUUGGUAGCUGGCAUUCACAUGGAACAGUGAUCAGGAGCUUCACUCUACACUGAUGCUGCUAUUUUAUUCUUUCUAUUUUGAAAUAUCACUGCUUACGUGUGAAUUUUGCAAUUUACUUGGAUUCUGCAUGUGAGAGUUAGGUUGUAAACUGACAAAGCAACUAAUUGUCAUUCUUCGCACAUGUUCCUGCUACAGACGAGUGAUUGAACAUGUAACUCAGAAUUGGCAUCUCAAACCUAAUCAAAGCAAAUGGCUGACUGAUGAAGCAACUUUUGGGUUAUAUCAUUAAUCUGCAAGACAACUUUGACGAAUGAAGUCCUCCCUCCACUCCUCAUGAUUCAUCAUUCAUGAAUGACUAGUUCAGCUGGUAACCACAGAAUUUACGCAGGGAAGCUGGCAGAACACCCUAACUGUACUAACGGUUAGUUAACUAGGUUCUUCGUGCUCAGAUGUUUAGCACAUGUUGCAUUUGAUCAAGUCCUUAUAUUAACUUAAUUACUUCCACCCUAUUUGGUUAGCUUUUGGAUUUACGGCACAUCCUCUUCAAAAGCUUAGUCAACAAUGACAAGUCUGGACUCAAAAAACAAAUGAUGACGAAAUUAUACAAUGUAACGAGGAAAAGUGUCAUGGCCACUUAAGUUUUAACCAAGCCAUAAUAACUAUGCAAUAAUGUAAUUAUUUGUUUGUACAAUGAACGCAACACCUUGCACAUCA